AUGGCUACUUUUCCAAUUGAAGAGCCCCAAUGGAACAGUGCUCCGGCUUGGAAAUUGCCAGGAUGGGCGGAACCAAUUAUGGUUGCGAGCAUCUUGGUCGGAUCUAUGAUAAUUACUAGGAGACAUAACUUUCGAAUCUUCGAUCGGAGGAGAAAUUAUAACCUUUUGGACGACGACCCAGAUUUUGAGUCUACUCGGUCGUCGGAUGAUAUGCUAUCGAGGGACCUCAUGGUUGGAAACGAGGGUGAUGAUUCCAGUAUAGAUUCCAUGAGCACGAUGAAGAACCCGCCGAAGAGGAGGAGAUGCUGUGGGAUGACCGUAUACACGCCCAAUACUUCUCGAUUCGCGGAUUACUACCACAGCCGGAUCUUGCAGAAGUUCCCGUUCUUAAUAGAGAUGUUCUAUUGGAUUAUUACUUACGGUUUCUAUCGAUGUACGAGCCUUCUCUCGAAUGCGGUGUUCUCAAAAACGGGGAUAUGGGACGUUGCCCAGGAUCAUGGGCUAGCUAUUCUGGAGUUUGAGCAAUUUUCCCGGUUGAGCUUUCUCUGGCCGGUGCAUGAGCGCGAUGUGCAACAAUGGUUCAUGCAUGGGCAUCAGACGUUCUUGACGGUGCUGAACCGUUCAUACGCCUUGAUCCACAUUCCCGGAACCGUGGGAUUCAUUGCAUGGUACUACUAUGCCGCCCCCUCCUUCAACACCUUCGCAGUUGUGCGAAGAACGAUGACCCUCACGAACCUUUUCGCUUUCAUAAUCUUCAUCUUCUACCCGUGCAUGCCACCGCGACUCCUGCCUCCAGAAUACGGGUUCCUCGACAGUGUUGGACGAAACAACGCACAGAGCGUAUGGAUGAGCGGGAAAUAUGUGAACGCUCUGGCAGCUAUGCCAUCGAUGCAUUUUGGAUACGCUUUCAUUAUCGGCAGCACAUUUAUAUAUCACUCUGGGGUUUUCCGGAGAACGCUUGAGACGGGAGAAACGCGCAGGUCCAAGCCAUGGGCUCUUUUCUAUGUCUUGUUGGCCAUUUGGUAUCCGGCCUGGAUCCUUACCACGAUUGUGGCGACGGCGAACCACUAUUACCUCGACGCCAUGAUGGCGUUUUUCGUGGUUCUCGCCGCUUAUUUAUGUAACAGGGUAUUCUUGGCAUUCCUGCCCUUGGAGGAUCUGCUACACUGGUGCUUGAGAUUGAACAAACCAGUACCAACGACUGGUGAUAAAAUGCGAAGAAAGUCUGCGUCUUAG